CCAGUCUGUGUUGUACGGGGGCGCUGAGGCGGUGGCCGGGCCCUGUCUGAGGAAGAGGGUGGGGCAGAGACUACAACAGACCAAUAAGAAAGAAGGAGGUCCCAAUUGGCGGCCUUGGGCACCAAUGGGAGAGCGCUUUGAUCUGCGGAGUGCCGCCCUCUGCCCUCCUCCCGCCUCCUUCCUUUUGGGGGAAGGCGGGGCUGGAGGACUGAAGUGCGGGGAGAACUUGGGCUCCGCUCUGCUAUAUGAAAUAUGGGAGACGACAGACCGUUUGUGUGCAAUGCCCCAGGCUGUGGACAGAGAUUUACAAACGAGGACCACCUGGCAGUUCAUAAACACAAGCAUGAGAUGACAUUGAAAUUUGGCCCAGCCCGAACUGACUCAGUCAUCAUUGCAGAUCAAACUCCUACUCCAACCAGAUUCCUGAAGAACUGUGAGGAGGUGGGGCUCUUCAAUGAACUAGCUAGUUCCUUUGAACAUGAAUUCAAGAAAGCUACAGAUGAGGAUGAGAAAAAGAGUGCUUCUGGGCCCCUUGACAUGUCUCUGCCUUCUACACCAGACAUCAAAAUCAAAGAGGAAGAGCCAGUGGAGGUAGACUCAUCUCCUCCUGACAGUCCAGCCUCUAGCCCCUGUUCCCCACCACUGAAGGAGAAGGAGGUUGCCUCAAAACCCGUCGUGAUCUCUACUCCUACACCCACAAUUGUACGCCCCGGCUCCCUGCCUCUCCACUUAGGCUAUGAUCCACUUCAUCCAACCCUUCCCUCCCCAACCUCUGUUAUCACACAGGCUCCACCAUCCAAUAGGCAAAUGGGGUCUCCCACUGGCUCCCUCCCUCUCGUCAUGCAUCUUGCUAAUGGACAGACCAUGCCUGUGUUGCCAGGGCCUCCAGUACAGAUGCCUUCUGUUAUAUCGCUGGCCAGACCUGUGUCUAUGGUGCCCAACAUUCCUGGUAUCCCUGGCCCACCCAUUAACAGUAGUGGCUCCAUUUCUCCCUCUGGCCACCCUAUGCCUUCAGAAGCUAAAAUGAGACUAAAAGCCACUCUAACCCACCAAGUCUCCUCUGUCAAUGGUGGUUGUGGAAUGGUGGUGAGUACUGCCAGCACCAUGGUGACAGCCCGCCCAGAGCAGAGCCAGAUCCUCAUCCAGCACCCCGAUGCCCCAUCCCCUGCCCAACCCCAGGUGUCUCCAGCCCAGCCCACCCCUAGUACCGGAGGACGCCGGAGGCGCACGGUGGAUGAAGAUCCAGAUGAGCGGAGGCAGCGCUUUCUGGAGCGCAACCGAGCAGCAGCUUCUCGCUGCCGCCAAAAGAGGAAGUUGUGGGUAUCCUCCCUGGAGAAGAAGGCAGAAGAGCUCACUUCUCAGAACAUUCAGCUGAGUAAUGAAGUCACAUUACUACGCAAUGAGGUGGCUCAGUUGAAACAGCUAUUGUUAGCUCACAAAGACUGUCCAGUCACUGCACUACAGAAAAAGACUCAAGGCUACUUAGAAAGCCCUAAGGAAAGUUCAGAGCCAACGGGUUCUCCAGCCCCUGUGAUUCAGCACAGUUCAGCAACAGCCCCUAGCAAUGGCCUCAGUGUUCGCUCUGCAGCUGAAGCUGUGGCCACCUCGGUCCUCACUCAGAUGGCAAGCCAAAGGACAGAACUGAGCAUGCCAAUACAGUCGCAUGUGAUCAUGACCCCACAGUCGCAGUCUGCGGGCAGAUGAUGCCUCCCCUGGUGGAGAGGUCCCCAGCCAGAGCUCGCCCACCCGAGCCAAGAAAGAGAUCAACAAAUCCCCUCCCGUCUGCCUUGGACACAGCAAUAUGGGGGAAAACUGUGUGUUGUGAGUAUGCACAGAUAUGGGCUUUUCUUUUUAGCCACAUGGUCGUUCGACACCUGAACUAGGGGCUGUCAGCCCCAGAGCCGCAUAGAUCAUCCCCAAGGGUGGGGUUUCCUAUAUACCCACAGCCAAAGGUCUUUCCAGAUAGUCCGAAAAUUACCCCUGACCCCAUGCACGUGUACCUGUCUCUUAACACUAAUCCUCACACCUCUAGGUUUGGGAUUUCCCAGUGUCUUCUCUUCCCACUGAGUAUGGCUGCUGCCUUCCUGUUCCUCACUAGCACAACACUUCCUGCUAGAUAGAAGGAGGGUAAAUUUAACAGCACAUCACCUGGUAUUAGAUCCCCCAUGGACUCAGGACUUUGUCUCCCAGUAACUGAUUAUUUAUCCUUUUUCCUUUCCCUUUCCUAAAUUCUAGUUAAAACAUUCACAUAUGGAGAAUGUGAGGUUACCUUUGAUCUAUGAAGUAGCAGUAUUUUCCAGCUCUUCCAUGUGCUUCAUUCCUUCUCCCAACCUGCCAUUUAAAAACCAAGCAAAAAGAAACAAGGAAAACUCCAAGAGUUUUAAUUAUUUUUCAUAUAUUUCCAAAUGUAUUGGGUACCUCAUUUAAUCUUUUGACUUCCCUAGUCUUUCCUGCCUCCCCACUUUCCACUAAGCCUUGGCAACCGCAUCUUGUGGCCUUAUUGUUAGGUAUUACUUAGCAGUGAAAAAGAGAGAAUGCCCAGUAUCUGAGUGGGUUUCCCUCUCACCCUUCUCACCCUCUACUUCUAAUCAUCAAGGCAGACAGGAACAAUGUAAAGCUUGUUCCAUCAGCCUGCUGGAUUAACUGAUUCUUUUAUGUUUUAUAAGAGUUUAUACUAGCCAAAGUAUGCAUAUUGUCAGCUUUAGCCAUGUUUCUUCUCUUACCUCUCCUACUUCAUUCCCCUGUCCACGUCACUGCCUCUUCUUGCUAUAACUCAUUCAAGUAAGUCCCCCUCCCCCAGAUGUCAUGUGGGAGACUUUCAUCCUCUUGCUCCUCCUCCAUCUCUCAGCGUCUCACAUCUGUCUUUUCUGAACCAUGUCUUAGAUUCAGUGACCAUCAUCCUCCAGACUACCUUCUCUCUCUUACCAGCUUCCUGGCCUAGCCAUUGGGUUUCCCAGCCCUGUAGCUUCUUCGGUUCAUUUCUGCUUCUUGCCCCUCAAGGCAGCACUUCUCCAUGGUAUAAGCUCCGGGACUUUGAAGCAUUAUAGCCUAGGUCCUAAGUAGCUUCCCUUGAGUAUAAGACAGGAUAGGGAGAGGAAGGGAGAAGGUGCAGUACAAUCUCAACCAAGGGGCUCAGGGUCUGCUCCACCUAGGGAUUUUUGACUGGCUUUCAGCUAUUCUUGCUUUGACGAGGUAGGUUGAAUGGGGAAAAAUUCAUCCCUCUUGUUCUUCUUUCUUCUGAAUUAGGACUUUUUAUCUUCCCUUGGCUCUGAGAAGUGUAGUUUCUACCAGGGCCUAAGGAAACAAUCCAAAGCCAGAGGCCUGUGGAUAGAUAGGUCAGCUUUAAUAGCCUUUGAAUAGGAAACCCUUCCAAUUGUCCCAGAGCCACCUUCUGCCAUCUGCCCAAACCAAUAAUGUCAUUUUCUCCAUCUCACUUAUACAUAGAGAUUAACUGCCUGGUUCCUUUUUUAUUUUGUCUUCCAAAAUCAUCUCUCAAUGUAGAAUGAGAAAUGGUCUUAGCUAUAAGAUUUCCGUCUCCUCAGAGUGAUAGACUGGUGAACCCACCAGGCAAUGUGUUCUCAUCCCUUUGCCUUAAAUUUUCCCUCCUGCUCUUCAGAUUUUGCUGAACAGGCUACACCUAAUGAAGGCAGAGGAGAGAAAACAUGAUUUUCUCAUCCUCCACCAUUAGAGACCCAACAGGAACAGCCCCUGAGGUGACCAGACUAGCAAAUGUCAUGGCAGAUGGUUAGGAUCCCCUCUAGUGAUUUCACUUACCUUUAAAACUUCACAGCCAUAAUUUAUGCUCAGGACUUCUCUUUUAGAUGGCUGCUCCUUGGGAUUUUUCCCCUGUUUUGAGUCUUGUUUCAUUUUUUAAUUGUCUUGCCCUGAAGCAUGACUGAGUUUAUAGCUCCUAAGGAGCAUUCAUAGACCCCUUGAUAUUUGCUUCCCUCUUCGGUCAAGUGUUUUUUUUUAAAGUUAUGAAUCAGUUUGUCAAUUCAUCCAUGCCCUGCCAGACUGACCUUGUGUUAGAUGGCUAGUUUUGGCAGAGGGUCUUUUUCACUUUCUUAGCUCCUCUUGGCAGCCAAAGGUUAGGAGGGACCUAAGUGAUGAGAGGGUCAUUGCCAGAACCUUAGUAGAGAACCACACUGAAGUCCUUCAGUCUAGGUAAGAUAAGGCAGAGCACUGCUUACCCUGAAGCUUCUCUGAGAGUCAAGGGAGUAUCACUUACCUUGUUUUCACUGGCAGCGAUGUGGUCAUUUUCCUUUUGUCUGUCAGACUCCUCUAGAUUAGAACCAGAUAUCAUGGAGUAUCAUUUGUCCCUUCUUAAGGACUCUGGCCUUUCUAGGGCCUGGGGUAUUAGUUUCUAUCAGAAAGGAGCUAAGCUGAGCAUGGUGGUGCACAUCUUUAAUCCCAGCACUCAGAGUCAGGUAUAGGAGGAUCUCUGUGAAUUUGAGGCCACCCUGAGAGUACAUAGUGAGUUCCAGGUCAGCCUGGGCUAGAGU